AUGGAAAUGGCUGCGGACCGCUUGUACAAAGAGCGUAAAAUCAGGGGUUUCUGUCACCUCUCACUUGGUCAAGAAGCUAUCGCCGUGGGCAUAGAGCAUGCAAUCACCAGGGAUGACAAGUUCAUAACGGCUUACCGAUGCCAUGGCAACACGUUGAUGCGCAAUGGCAGCGUAAAGUCUAUCAUUGGAGAACUUCUUGGCCGGCACCAGGGGGUUUCACAUGGCAAGGGAGGAUCUAUGCACAUGUUCGCCCGAAACUACUUUGGUGGCAAUGGUAUUGUAGGUGCGUCUGUCCCUGUCGGGGCCGGGGUUGCGUUUGCUCAACAGUAUAACAAUGAACGAGCAAUCACCGUCAAUAAUUAUGGCGACGGUGCGGCCAAUCAGGGACAGGUUCAUGAAGCGUUCAAUAUGGCAAAAUUGUGGAACCUUCCCGUGAUAUUUGGCUGUGAGAAUAAUAAAUACGGUAUGGGGACUUCGAUAGAACGGGCUUCGGCCAUGACUGAGUAUUUCAAACGUGGUCACUACAUCCCUGGUUUGAAAAUAGACGGCAUGGAUGUUUUAGCCGUGAUGGCGGCAAUCAAACACGGCAAAGGAUGUGUUCUGGCCGGGAAUGGUCCUCUUGUGUACGAGUUCACCACGUAUCGCUAUGCAGGGCAUUCCAUGUCCGACCCAGGCACAACAUAUCGUGCUCGCGACGAAAUUCAAGAGAUGCGCAGAGCUAAUGACCCCAUUAACAGCCUCAGAGAUAGGCUGAUUGAAUGGAAUGUCGCCAACACAGAAGAGCUGAGAACGAUAGAAAAGGAGACAAAGGCCCAUGUGGAUCGCGAGGUUUCACAGGCGGAGGAAUUGCCAGAGCCAGAUGCGACCGCACGCGUACUGUUCGAGGACAUUUAUGUACACGGCAGCGAGCCAACUUUCAUGAGAGGGAGGACCCCGGACGAGACGUACUACUACUCGUAG